AUGGCUGAGCAGAAAGUUAGCCUUCCUGCUAAGCUGAUUAAUGGGGGCGUGGCAGGCUUGGUGGGCGUCACUUGUGUUUUUCCUAUCGAUCUGGCCAAGACCCGCCUUCAAAACCAGCAGGGUGCACGAGUUUAUAGCGGAAUGCUCGACUGCUUGGCAAAGACUGUUCGGACUGAGGGGUACUUUGGAAUGUAUCGAGGUGCAGCUGUGAACCUCACACUGGUCACUCCGGAGAAAGCCAUCAAACUGGCAGCCAAUGACAUCUUCAGACAGCAGCUGUCCUAUGACGGAAAAUUGCCCCUUUGGGGGGAGAUUCUUGCAGGAUGUGGGGCAGGAACCUGUCAGGUGGUGGUCACCACACCCAUGGAGAUGCUAAAGAUACAGCUACAAGAUGCCGGCAGACUGGCUGCACAAAGGCCUGUUUCGGCAUCUGCUGCUGCUCCUGGUCCAGCACCCUCCCUGGUGGCCCCCCGGGUGGCUCAGCCUGGCACUGCACCCCGGCCCUCUGCCACCAGGAUCACCCUGCAGCUCCUGAAGACCCGUGGACUGGCUGGCCUAUACCGAGGUGCAGGAGCCACACUGCUCAGGGACGUACCAUUCUCAAUGAUCUACUUCCCGCUGUUCGCCAACCUGAACGCGCUGGGCCGAAGCGAGCAGGGUUGUCAAGGCAACGUGCAAGAGAGGGCCCCCUUCCUGCAGUCCUUCCUGGCAGGCUGCACCGCGGGAUCAGUCGCUGCUGUGGCCGUCACCCCUCUGGAUGUCAUAAAGACCCGACUCCAGACCUUGCAGAAGGGCGAAGGAGAAGACUCAUACAGAGGCAUUGCUGACUGUACACGACGCAUUUUGAAACGAGAGGGACCGAUGGCAUUUCUAAAAGGAGCGACGUGUCGAGCAUUGGUCAUCGCCCCUCUCUUCGGCAUCGCCCAGGGCGUCUAUUUCCUGGGCGUCGGAGAGCAGGUGUUAGCGCUACUGGGCUAG